AUGAAGCUCCUGACGAUUUCCAUAAUGCUGGCGAUACUCCAUAUUCAAUUCUACAGAAUGGAACCGAACACGAAACAAGACUUGAAGAAUGUGUCCCAGGUUAAUAGUAGCUGUCAUGCAGCAUCCGAAAACGAAGACUCAUGCAAUUCCACAACGAUGGGCAACAAUACUCAAAGUAAGGCCACAAAAAUAGCCAAUGAUGCGGCCGAGGAGGCCAAGUCCAUUAAUGAAGCCUUAGCAACCGCUGCCCAAAAUGCCUCCUAUGAGGUGCAAUUGCUGAUGGCAGAGAGAGCAAUGGCCGCCGCGAGUACUGCCAAUUCCUUGAUGGAGGCCAAGCAGGCGAUCGUGUAUAGAUAUGCAAAGGAAAUCGAAGAUGUCGAGAUUUUGGUGGCCCAACUUAAUGACUCCCUCAAGACCAGCCAGGCGAAUGUCAAGGCCACUUGUGCCGCCCUCAAGAUGGUUGAUAAUCAUUCAGUUGCCAUUCAAAUUGCGAUGGAUCAAAUAAAAAGCGGCCUUGAAGAACUCGACAGUCUCGCGGAUCAGACUCAAGUAACUCUGGAGGAGCAGCAGAAAAUGAUGGCAAAGACCAAGGAGAAAGGCGAAUGUCUGAGCAAAGAGUUUGCCGAGGUCAGUGCAGAAUUCGAUAGUAUUAAGAAUGCCACCUGUCGAGCUAUUUCCGCUGCCUUGGAAGCCAAGAUGAAGUCUCAUACCCCAUGUAAAGUGACUCCUUCUCCGAAAAACUGUAGCUGCCCGAAAGGAUGA